UGUCUCUGUAAUAAUCCUCUCUGCAGAUAUGCAGUAAUGACUGGGCUCAGCAGACGAUGCGACUUCGGUUCCAGUUCUAUCCUAGGGCUCGUGAACAGCGGGUGAGUGCGUCGCAUGUAACCCUUCGCCAGCCUCGUAGGGAGUUCUUCAAGGCAGCCAUCAUCAACUUCUGCCUUCUUCAAGUCCUCUUCUUCUCCCUCUUCUGCUACCUUUACGGGACGCUCUAUCGUGAGAGUACCCAUAUCCAUAACCUGCGCAUUGUCUACGUCGACUAUGACGGCGGUAUCGUCGGCCAGUCUGUCCGCAACGCCUACAACACUCUACGUGGACGAGGCUUUCCGACUUUGAUCGAACGCUCUCCGGCGGAUUUCCCAUCGCCUGGUGACAUCAGAAGGACCGUUUGCCAUAUUCAAUACUGGGCUGCCGUGUAUACAGCACGCGGUGCAUCCGAUCGACUCGCUACAGCGCUGUUGGUCGGGGGUUCAACAGCUGCAGACUUCAAUAAGUCGGAUGUGCUGUUCUAUAUCUGGAAUGAGGCUCGAUAUCCUGCGGUGGUUGACUCAACUAUCUCGAAUAAUCUGAAGACCUUGUCGUCUACAGCGACUGCCGCGUACGCACGGGCAAACAGUUCCGGUGUCCUUGGGACCCUAAGGUCUCCUGAAUCCCUGUCUUUAUAUGCAGAUCCCUGGAAAAUUGUGGGAAUCAACCUGCAACGCACGGCACAGGGUUCGCGUCUGAUCUACAACACAAUUGCCGUCAUCCUGAUAUUUGUCCAGGAGUUCUGCUACCUGGGCAUCAUCAAUGGCCUCUAUAGCCAAUUCAAGCUCUACAACCGCCUCUACCCGACGCGGGUCAUCUUAGUCCGCGUUAUCCUGUCUGCCCUUUUUACCUUCUCCGGCUCGUUAUUCUCUAUCGUGGCCCUCUGGGCAUUCCGUGCCGGCUGGCAUGUCAAUGCAAACCAGUUCGUGCUGAACUGGAUGAUCCUCUGGCUCUUCGCCCACCUCAAUUUCCUGACGCUCGACUUCUUCACUGUGUGGCUCCCGCCAUUCUACACCCCCUUAGCCCUGAUCUCAUGGGCCAUCCUCAACAUCGCCAGCAUUCUGUUCCCCUACGAACUCAGCCCUGGGUUCUUCAAGUGGUCCUACGUUCUACCAGCCCACUCGCUUUACCAGACGGAGAUCGACAUCUGGUCUAGAGGCUGCAAUCCGCAGCUCUGGUACACGCUUCCGGUUAUGUUCACUAUCGAGAUCACCAGCCUCACGCUGAGUUCUAUCGGCGUCUACCGGAGAUGCCACUACGCGAGGGUUAUCGAGGAAGCGGAGGAAAUAGCCAUGCAGCAGCGACUUGCAGCCGCCAUGGCUGGGCAGCCAGUACCACAAGCGCCACCCGGAGAAGAGCAUAUAACCAGAGAGCCAACGUACCCGGGGAUAGCUCCGACCGCGACGGAGGAACAGCUUAUGAAGGAGGAUGAGGCGCUGGCGCGAGAACGGACCAGAAGCUCUAAUGUUUAUUAUGGGCCGUCGUUCGGGUUGGCUCUUACUCGGAGUACUCGGACACAGGGAUGGUAGGUUUUUUUCCUUUUUUUUUUUUUUUUUUUUUUUUUUUUUUGGUUUCAUGUAAUGGCAUUGAUAUUGGACAUUGUACAUAGUAGUGUUGGCAUACUGUAGAUUUUGCAUUCUUACUAUAAACACGGAUUGCAUCAUAUCCAG